AUGGCUGGCAAUGGAGGAGGACUUGGUGGUGCGCCGGGUGAGGGGGUCCCCGGCCAUCCUCAACCUCAGGGCACCGAAUAUACGCUACAAGGGGUAAUGCGCUUUCUCCAAACCGAAUGGCACCGUCACGAACGAGACCGCAACGCCUGGGAGAUCGAGCGUGCAGAGAUGAAGUCUCGCAUUGGGCGCUUGGAAGGCGAUGUGCGGACUAGUAAGCGACUGCAUGAGUCGCUGGGUAAGCAUGUCAAGAUGCUCGAGUUUGCCUUGAAAAAGGAGCGAGAGACAGUUCGCAGUUUACGCAACGGUGAGAAAAUCGACCACGUUCGCGACCCAAAAGAGAUCGCCAAGGAGAGCUUGAAAAGCUUACCAAAAUCUCCCGGCAAGCGCGAUACUGGCUUAGAAAUCGAACUCGAGCCAGAUGACUCGGCCCAUCCCGACGUACGCCAGGACACAGAACGUGAAAAAUCUCGUGUGUAUUUGAGCAAAUGCGCACAAGAGGUCUCCUACCACGUCAUCCCAGCGUCCCAUCCGCCUCCGGAACUCACAAAUCAAGACUUGCAGCCUGGCUUGUAUGGGGACCAGCUUCCCCAACAAAGCCUUGAAGAGGCAUAUCAUCAACAACAGCAGCAGCAGCAGAAACAGCAACAACAACAGCAAAACAGCGCGAUGGUACGAGAGGCUGCACUGCAAAACCACCAGUAUGCUGACGCCAAUUCCGCUCCCGGCCGAGGUCCAAUGCGCAGCUUGCUUCCAUCACAAACGCCAAUAACCGCAGUCGAAAACCGCAAUGCAAGAAUGGCAGCUGCCGGCAAUGAUGAAUGCAGUGAGGAAGCAGAUAUGUUCAAUUUUGCGCGCGUAAAAAAGGCGCUUGAUAAUCGGCAGCAACAACCUCAGGAUGCAUCCUUGACAGACCCGGAUGGCUGGAAUUUCGAGGAACCUGCCACAGCCCAAGAUCCAGAACCAGAGCAGGUGGCUCAUCAUCGACCAGAUACUGAUGUCUUUCCUAAAGCCAAUCUGCUACCCCCGAAAUCGCCGCCUCGCGGUUCGCAUCGACGGAAGAGCUCUGGAGCAAGCAGACGAAAGAGCGAUGGUAGCGUGGACUUCCGAGAUGCUGCAGCAACACAACAGAACACGGACACUACAUUCAAAGUGCGAUUUGCUCUUCGCGGCCAUCUCGAUGUUGUGCGAUCAGUGAUUUUCACCGGUGGUGGCAGCCCAUCUGAACCGGAGAUAUGUACUAGCAGUGAUGACGGAACGAUCAAACGUUGGAUUCUACCUGCAUCUUACGGCAAUUUCGGACCUGGUGCGGGAAGUGAUUUGGAUGUGACAAGCUAUUUCACGCAUCGAGGCCAUGUCGGCGCGGUGACCUCACUCGCGGCGUGUCCUCCUUCUCCCAAUUUCUCGAGCGGUGGACGAGUGUUAGGUGAUGGCUGGGUCUUCUCAGGUGGACAAGACGCCAGUAUUCGCGUUUGGGAACGCGGCAGGGUCGAUCCUAAGGCGACAUUAGAUGGCCAUACAGACACUGUAUGGGGCUUGUGUAUCUUGCCUGGCACGGCAGGGUCAGUCUUUGGCGAGCGCUGCAGCAACUAUGGAGGAGCUGAGCGCAUUCUACUCGCAUCUGGUGGUGCUGACGGCCGGAUAAUCAUCUGGGCUGUGAGCGCACCGCCCCAAGUCACGUCACCCCAACCUGGUGCGCGCCGAGGUAAUGGUCGACGUGCAAACUCCAUCUCGUCGGGAUCCAAUUUCCCGUCAUCGCCGCAGCCAAGCACAGCUACUGCAACUCCUUUCCAUUAUACGAUGGUUCAUAACAUUGUCCGCCCGGAAUCCCCAUCAGUAACAUGCAUCAGUCCUUUGUCUCCCGCUGGCUUGAAUUUUGUUGUGUCUUACACGGACGCAUCGAUUCUGGUAUACGAUACUCGUACUGGUGAAGAGGUGGUUGGAAUGGCGAGCUUGGAGACAUAUGAUGGUACUCCGUCAACAGGUGUUAACUCUGUGGUCACGACAACGAUUGGAUUUGACGGCACGGCAAGCCUUGACCCCAACCGGGCGUUGACAGAAGAAGAGGCUGUCAUCCAUGGGGCAACAGGUACAAGUGGUGGAGUCGAAGGUGUCAUAAUCAGCGGCUACGAAGACAGGUACAUUCGCUUUUUUGAUGCCAAUAGUGGUCAAUGUACUUACACCAUGCUCGCCCACCCAUCCGCAAUUUCCUCGCUAUCACUAUCGCCUGAUGGACGAGAACUCGUCUCAGCUGGACAUGACGCCAGCUUGCGGUUCUGGUCAUUGGAAAAGCGCAGCUGUACGCAAGAGAUCACAAGUCACCGCCUGAUGCGCGGCGAAGGUGUAUGUUCGGUAGUAUGGAGUCGUGAUGGCCGAUGGGUAGUCGGUGGCGGCGGCGAUGGCGUCGUGAAAGUGUUUUCCAGAUAA